UCAUAAAGUCGACGCAACACACCCACCGAGCAGAUCCCUGCGUGUUCGUACAAGACUUUUAUCUGUCACAGCAGUGUAACGGGCUGUACCGUUAUAAACCACAUCCAAGGGGUGUCAUUUUAAACUAGGGCGUCAAUAUAUUGAUGAUUUUACGAUAACUUGAUUUUACAUUCAGGCUUCGAACUCGCUACCUAAAAGCGGGGUCUUUCACUUCAUCGUCGCGACUCUCAGAACUUACUUAACCGAAACUGUUUAAAAGUGACACUCCCGCGUGUAAAUGUGAUAAUUACUGACGCUUCACCUUAGUGCUAUAACUUUGCUGCUCUGAGUCAUGCUUUCACCCGAUUGGCUGUUUGACAGGCGCGUGUGAAAUGGGCUGUGAGGUGUGUCCAUUCUGCGGGAAAACUUACAAAAGGUUGAAGAGUCACUUGCCACAUUGCAAAGCAGCUGCUGCCUCUAAAGCGCCACCAUCCAAACCAGAUGUCACAGCAAACCAGACAGCAUCGUCUUCUCAGCUGGACUCAGUUUUGUCCAGAGAAACAACAAAGGGAAGGAAGUCAUCGUCAUCAGUCAUAACAGAUCUACAAGGACAGACGCGUAAAAGGGACACAGCAUCAGGACCAUCAAAUGCGACAUCUUCAUCACCACGAACAUCAUCAUCCAUGACAUUACUUUCACCAACUACGAAGAAGAAACAAAAGCUGGUUGAUCAAAUAAAGACAAGCACCCUUUUGUUAUCUCCAUCUCCAGCUCUGCCCCCCACCACCUCUAAACCAAAAAAGAAGAGUCUCCGUGCAUUGAUAGAAGCUGCCAAGUCUGACCAAAUAACAAAGGAAUCACUAAAGGUGUCUGAAACAGAACCAACUCUAAGCUCCAGAACCACAGCUCAGACAGAGCCCAAAACUAUCUCAGGCAAAGACUAUGCCCAUCUGUCUGCAGACGCUAAACCCAAAGAUGCACCUAAGAAGAUGCCAAAGACAAAGAAGGUUAAUCAGAUGCUUUCCACAACCAAACAGAGUGAAAGUAGCACAAAAUCCCCAGAGAAAAGACACAACUUUUGGGAGGAUGGCAAGCAGGAGAUUGAGGAUUCAUCCAUGAAUAAUUUUGUUUUGAAAUUAGGAAAUGGCCACCAGGCAAAGAUCACCCUCCAGGAUGUUAAAGCCACAUUAGGCCGAGCUAGACCACCUCGUCAGUCCAGCAGGCCGGGCAUCCUGAGUCAAAUUCAAACUAAUGACAACCUGUGCAGUAAAAUCGGAGUCAAUACGGGUGUUGGACCAGUUCCACUUUUAGAAGAUAAUCAAAAGUAUGUUGCAACUCAGUCUGAUGAGCUGCUGAGCACUAGCCCACAACAUGCAGGCCUAAAAUCAGAUAAGAAAAUACCCUCAAAGACUAAACAACUGGCUUUAGUCCCUCUGCGAGAUGUGCCAGAAUCAACCCCUCCUACAGCUCCCUUCCUGUGUGCGUCAUCUCAGCUGUGGCAAGCUAUGCCUCCUCCAGUCAACCUGAAUGAGGGGCUGAAGGUGAGCCAUCACAUGACAGGCCUCCUCACAAAAUCGGCACCAGUGGGUCAGUUUUCCAGCCUUCUUUCCCCUCCUGUAUCACAAAGUCUGCCAGUGAAGGUGGAGACAGUGGAGAAGCCCGAGGUCAGGAAGCAAAGCACUGCUGAAAAUCCAAACAGAGGAGCUCUGACACACCGGAGUCUUGGACAGGUGAGACUGAGGGAAUUACCUAAAUGGCUUGCCUGCAAAACCCCAAGCCAUCCAAAAGAUGCCGUGGAAAUGUUGCAAAGAGGCUGGCAGUGGUAUUACAGGCGGUAUAUUGACGUGAGGAAAGGAGGUGUAGGUGGACUGGGCAUGUUGUUAGCGGGAUACUGUGUGCUCAGCUACAUCUGGAGUUACCGCCACAUCAAGCUUGAUCGCUGGAGGAAGUAUCACUAAGGGUCAAGGAAAGAUACUUGGAGCAGCAGCAUUGACAGAGAAAAGAUUCAGAACUUCAGUACUCCAUAUGAUGAAUUUGCACAGCAUUUAUAACUGAGAAAUUGGUACCAUUACUUAUAAGCAUGUAAGCCCUUCCCUUCAGCCAAUUUUGUGUAUUCUGUCACCAGCAUACAUUGGGAGCACUAUAUAGUAUAUAAAUGAUAAAUAGUGAAGCAAGUGCAAAAGUGCCUUAAACUGAAUUCUUUGUAGUGACCACAAGUGUACAACUCUUCUGGUUGGAAAACAAGUACAGGUGUAUAGAAGUCUAUGUCAAUUCUCCAGUGAGUUUAGGGUCUCAGUAGCUAGUUUCAAGCUUGAUUGAAUGCUUAUUUUUUUGAAUUAACCCCCCGCUUCCCAAUUGCAGUAAAACAAAGCAGGGUUGGGCGGGGCAACAUGUGACAGGUCACUUCCAUAUAAGUGUACAGUUCCCCCUCAAUUCAACCCCAGAUCCACUCAUGACAACAGGACAAAUGCUCAGCUCUAAGCUUCACAUUGGGACUGCGUUGACUUCAUAGUGGUUACAUCAGAGUUCCUCUAGAAGCAAGUCUUGCCGUUAGGUUCUUAUUUGGGCAGUUUCAUUUCAGUGGUCACUGGGACCUAAAACUGCAUGUGUGGUAUCACCAGUCAGAUCUGAUAAAACCGCCUUAAUCCUGCUGACUUUUCCCCAAAAUAAACCUUUUUUGUUCCCCUGUUUGUCCCACUACCUUGUUUGCUUUUGCAAACAAGCAUAUGUUAUGGAGACAGACUGCAUGAUUAUGAAUUUUCCUAAUUAAAUGAAUUACAAAUGAAUACAAAACUAAAACAUGUAACUUUCUAUCUCUAGGUGACUAUGAUAAGAGUAGUUUCAUUCUUAUCUGUAUAAGGUUUCUAAAAUGAAAGCUCGUCAUGCUGCAUUGUAUUAUUUUAAAAUGCUUAUGUUUUUGUAUGUUUCUUUAAUUAUUACGGUCUUAUUUAUUUCAUGGAGAAAAUGUUUUUUUUUUAAAAAGUAUUUCCUUUUUUAAAAACCCAGCUUUUUUGAGCGUCAAAACAUUUUUCCUCAUCAGUGACCACUGUGUGUUCCAGACCUCCACUAGCUGUCACUGUUGGGUUAUGUUACUUGAACCAAAGGGGGCUGGGCAGUCUGUCUGCUGUGCAGUUUUCUCAGUUCUUUUGUGUAGAGGCAUCGGUGCUGGAGUCCAUAAAAGGAUUAAAAAGAACCAACAGAUUUCUAACUUGAUAAAAUAUUACUUUGGCAGCCGUGAUGCAGAGAAACAUGAAAUCUAAAUGUCAUGACAUCAGUUAAAAGAUCAUAUCUGUGCAGCAGAGGGUAACAAAUCUGGUUUUCCUUUGCCACUGCUUCCUCUGUCACAUGAUGUGAUUAUGCAUGCUUAGUCCAUCAGUGCCAGUGUGUGAACCCUCACAGAAUAGCAAUGGAGGGAAAUCGAAGGAGGUUCUCAGCCGGACUGGACCAGUUCCUUGUUGUACACAAAAUGAAUUUAUUGUUGAAUCACCUAACUGCUGUAGUGAACAUGCAUUAGCUACAAAUAAAGAAACAACAGCAUUUUUUUUGUAAUGACUUUACUGACACUGCUUCUUAGUCAACACAAUAAAAAAUAAUUUUCUUAA